CACGGAUUUCCACCCUUCUUUACCAGUUAAACCAGUAUCUCUGGAUAGAGCACACUCAAGUACUUCAACAGGUAGAGUCUCCUACCGCAAAACUCUUUCGUGGCUCCUCUGAAAAUAAUCUCCCCUUUUUUCUCUCUCCGUUUACCUCAAUUGAGUUUCUAGCCCUUUUGUUCGCUCUUCUUAUCACUUGGAAAAAGGUGAACCCUCGUGUUAUUUUUAUUUUAAUCUUUGCUUUAAUUGUAGUUUUUUACCCUUGUGGUCCCUGAUGGCUUCGCACAGUGAUACUCUGGUGGUGUUCUUUGGGGCAACAGCUGGUGCAAAUGGGGGUAAACUGGGUUCGGAUGAGAGGGAAAUAAUUCUCUUGGUGUGGCAAAUUGUGGAUCUACAUGAGAAAAAGGUCGGGAAGCUUCAUAGGUGUCUAGUGAAGCCUGACUCUUUGGAGCGGACAGACGAGUGUAAAGAGGAGACUGGGCUGACUGUGGAAGAUAUCCUCAAAGCUGAGCCCCUCGACACAGUUUUGCAACAGUUCCAGCAGUCGGUGUCAUCAGAAGUGAAAUCCCUCGGCAGAAACUCGUUCACACUUUGUGUCGACAGUCCGCUCGUCAUCCGACAGGCACUCCAUCCAGAAGCUUCCACAAAGAAUCUUGUCCUUCCUGAAUGUUUCUUUUCAUUUGUGGACUUGAAGAAAGACUUUCAGAAAUGCUGCCCCGACGCCACCCCUGCACAGCAGCUCACACCUGCCUCCAUGUUGGAAUAUGUUGGUCUCCCAGCUGUGUUGGAGCAGUCGAUGGGAGAGACGGAGGUGAGCAGCAUGGUGCAGCUGACCCUCCACCUCCUGGCUGAGCCCUACAACCACAAGUUCUCCUGUGUGGAAACGGUGAAGUACAAGUUCGAUUCUGGCACAUGCAGCAAAACAGAGCCGGUGGACAGUGAGACGGUGAUCAGAGCGCGGGGACUUCCAUGGCAGUCUUCAGACCAAGACAUCGCUCGCUUCUUUAAAGGCCUCAGCAUUGCCAAGGGUGGCGUGGCCCUGUGUCUGAACGCUCAAGGCAGGAGGAACGGUGAGGCCUUAGUUCGUUUCAUAAACUCGGAACACCGGGACCUGGCUCUCGAACGUCACAAGCACCACAUGGGCAGCCGCUACAUUGAGGUGUACAAGGCCACAGGAGAGGAAUUCCUCAAGAUCGCAGGAGGCACGUCUAACGAGGUGGCCCAAUUCCUGUCCAAAGAGAACCAGGUGAUAAUCCGUAUGAGGGGCUUGCCCUUCACCGCCACAUCCCAGGAAGUGCUGUCCUUCCUCGGCCCUGAGAGCUCCGUCACAGACGGUGCGGAGGGUCUGCUCUUUGUCAAGUACCCCGAUGGACGGCCCACCGGCGACGCCUUCGUGCUUUUCUCUUGUGAAGAGUACGCCCAGAAUGCCCUGAAGAAGCACAAGCAGAUCCUGGGGAAGCGCUAUAUCGAGCUGUUUCGGAGUACUGCAGCGGAGGUGCAACAGGUCCUGAACCGCUACAUGUCCGCUCCUCUGAUCUCCACCCUCCCCCCCUCCCCCAUCGUGCCGGUCCCGGUCAUGGCCCAGCCGUACCUCCCAGCGGCCAGCAGCAGUCGGGACUGUGUGCGCCUGCGAGGCCUGCCCUACACCGCCGGCAUCGAAGAUAUCCUGGAGUUCAUGGGAGAGCACACCGUGGACAUCAAACCCCACGGAGUCCACAUGGUGCUCAACCAACAGGGUCGGCCCUCUGGUGACGCUUUCAUCCAGAUGAAAUCACCUGACAAGUCGUUCAUGGUGGCCCAGAAGUGCCACAAGAAGACCAUGAAGGACCGGUACGUGGAGGUGUUCCAGUGCUCCACGGAGGAGAUGAGCAUCGUGCUGAUGGGAGGAACCCUGAACCGCAGCGGCCUCUCCCCCCCGCCCUGCAAGCUUCCCUGUCUGUCCCCCCCCACAGCCUACGCCUUCCCCACCCCCCCCUCCAUGCUCUCUGAAGCGGCCCUCUACCAGUCCCCCCUGCUGGCUGCUCCCAGACCCCCCCAGAGCAUGACGCACAACCCUGCUCACGCUCUGGCCUACUACCCCCCCCAGCCACACAUGUACAUGAACAUGAAUAUGAACUACACGGCGUACUACCCCAGCCCCCCAGUGUCCCCCUCCACGAUGAGCUACUUUGCAGCACCACCUGGAUCGAUGGCAGCAGCGGUCGCAGCCCAGCCCCACCCUGCAGGCUCCGCCUCCUCCGUGCUGCCGCAGCCUGGAGCCCUGAUGAGGAUGCAGGGCCUGCCCUACAACACCGGGGUCAAGGACAUCCUCAGCUUCUUCCAGGGAUACCAGCUCCAGCCAGACGCCGUGCUCAUCUUGUACAACUACAGUGGGCAGUGCAGCGGCGAGGCGUUGAUCACCUUCCACAGCGAGGAGGUGGCCAGGCGGGCCGUCAGCGAGCGUGCCAACAGCCCCUUCUACGGCCAGCCGGUCCGCAUGCUCCUGAUCCACUGACCUGCUCUCCAUCUCUCUCCUCCUGUAAUUUAACCCCCCAUUGAAGAGCACUCAUCUGCCAAUUGCUUUACAUGUAGCAGCAACUUUUUAAUUUGAUCCCAGUGCCACUAAAAAAACAAUAUAAAAAAAAAGCCCUCCCUUUUCCCCGAUCUGUCGCCCUGACACCGCUCGCCCUGACACCGCCUGCCCUGACACCGCCUGCCCUGACACUCCUGAAGCAGCGUCUGGAGUUUGAGUAUCCACUGGUGACGCCUCAUGUCGGGCUUAUGACUCUGUGGAUGUUACACACAUUAGUAUUUGAGCCUACUGUAAUAGCUGGUUGUGGAGACUAGAAGGUGAGGAGCCUGGACAAAUAUGCAUGUAUAUUUAAAUGCUCUUUAUAUGCCCCUCCCCAUAUGACUGUACAGAUGUUCAUCCUGAAAUGCUUGAGGCUUUACAAACCACUUCUGCACACCAUAUUUUCUGUAUAUUUCUUAUUUUUUCCCUAUUAACCACUACAAGGAUUUUCAGAGUUUAUGAUUCUGUGUGUUAGCUCGAUGCUAACACAGAUGUGUGUAUGCACACUGUUUAUUGAGUUGAUGACCUCCAGCAGUGUAGUGGUGCCAUUACAAAGAGAGAAGCCAUGAAGACUACUGAAGCAACAGAGUGAAUAUCAAACUGUACUGCUCACUGGAUAAUUUAUAACUAACCUUGGCUGCAGUGACGAUUGGUUAAAACGACUACUUUUCUGUUAAAAAGCAUUUAUGAGUUUGUCAACCCAUUGAGACUUUUACAAGCACUACAGAUUUAUUUUCUCUACUGUAAGAUUUAAGUGACAGAGCGUCUUUAACUGAGUGGAACGACAAAUUAAUUCCAUUUUUAUUAACUUCACUUCCUUACAUUUUGAUAUAUGACCAGAGGCGUAUCUUGAAGCCUUUUAUAAUGAUCGACCUCAGCUACUAGAUCUCUUCUGUUUUGGUUUCCAACGAUCAGUCUGAAGCUGCUUUCAUUCCUGCUUCUGACCGAGUGCUGUGUAAAAGCUGCAGGAGUUGUUCUGUGACGGGCCUGCCCACAGCUGUCUGAGUUUAUCCCCUCCCACUUUUUACCAUGCCUACAUUACCCAGAGUGCAAUACUGGCCAAAACGAGGCUAGGUCAACCUCUGGUGGCAGAGGAGAAAUGAAUUUCUUUUGUUGCAAGUUUGACACUUGAGUUUAUAUCUGUGUAAGUCAAUACAAUAAAUAAUGUUAAAAUCUA